AUGCCUACUGGUUUCUUCUGUCUUCUCCUCAUCACAGACGUUGUGGACUCUGAGGGUAACUGCAGUUAUCAGGAUGUUUUAAACCACCUGAAACUGACCAGAAGCACCGAGCUGUACUCAAUGACCAGACCCGUUAAACAUCACAAAUCGGCUACUCAAGUACACCUUCAAAUGGCGAUCUAUGGCAUACUCGAUGUGAGGGAGAUUGACCAGACUUUCGUUCUUUACGUUUGGAUCUACAUGAGCUGGGGAAAUGAUCACAUUCGGUGGAAUCAACAUAAGUUUUGUGGACUUAAACAUGUUGUCGUUCCCACGGAAGCAUUGUGGAAGCCAGAUCUAACUAUUGAAGAGAUGACAGAGAAGGACAAAGCCCCUCCGAGUCCUUAUCUCACAGUUACAUAUCAUGGUCUCAUCGAACUGAGGAACGACUUGAUGCUGGUCAGCACCUGCAGGAUGCAAGUUUACAAAUUCCCCUUUGACAUCCAGAGCUGCAACCUCUCUUUCAAGUCUGCAGUAUACUCUGAUGACGAAAUCAAAUUUGCAGCCAUCCUCAACGCUUCAAAGUUCACAGAGUGGUCUCGUGAGGUUAUGCGGAUCCAGUACGAGUGGCUGUUCCUCAACGUGACAGUCCAUGAGAAAACUGUCAACAAUUUAAGCUUCAACCAAAGCAUGAUUGUUUACACAAUCACCAUGAAGAGGCGGUCUGUCCUCUACAUCGCCAACUUCUUGCUUCCGAUCAUGUUCUUCUUGGGUCUGGACUUGGCUUCCUUCCUGAUCUCAGACAGUGGGGGCGAGAAGCUCGGCUUCAAGGUCACCGUGCUGCUGGCUGUCACUGUGAUGCAGCUUAUCCUCAACGACAUCCUGCCCUCCUCUUCAGACAGGAUUCCUCUCAUAGCGGUCUACUGCAUUGGGAUGUUUGGUUUGAUGAUGCUGAGCCUCCUGGAGACCAUUUUGGUGAUGUAUCUGAUGGCUAAAGACAACGAGGCAGAUAACAAACAAAGCCUGAGUGAGGACUGUGGGGACAAAAUGGGAAAGGUUGUCCUCAACAACUCUGAUCAAGGUGACAAGGUGAGGAAUUGGACACCAUGUGGCUGUGUGUGUGAAGUCUCCACCGAUGAACCUCCAUCUGAAAUGGUGUCGGUGGACAGAGAGGGCAACAGCCGCCAACUGGUGGAGGAGUCCAGUGGCUUGGAAAAGAUCCUGUAUGAGAUGAAGGAGGUGGAGAAAACACUGAAUCUGCUCCUCAACAGCAGAAAGGAAGAAGGGAAGCCUGGCUACUGGACCAGGAUGACUAAAACAAUCAACAAAGUUUUCUUCAUUUGCUACGUCACAGUGGCCUGUCUGUUUUUAGUAGUCAUCUUUACAAUGUGGAUCAAUGCUCAAGAUGAGUAG